CGGAGCCGGGGCGCGGCGCGUGCUUCCGGGGGGACGCCGGAGUCGGACGCACGGGCCGGGACCAUGAGCUGUUAUCAGAGGUGGACAAGCCCUUUGCUUCUGUGCCAGAGGUUGCACACUGCAGUGGUAUGUCUGAAGAGCAGAACUGGAACAGAGCACCGCUGGCUGGCGCGGCAUUUGAAGGACCCAUUUGUGAAGGCAGUGAAACAGCAGAAUUAUCGUUGCCGAAGUGCCUUCAAACUGCUGGAGAUUGAUGAUAAACAUCAGGUUCUGUGUCCAGGGCUUUCUGUGCUAGACUGUGGAGCUGCUCCUGGGGCGUGGAGUCAGGUUGCUAUACAGAGGGUCAAUGCCUUGGGCACUGAUGCCAGUGCCCCUGUUGGCUUCGUCCUUGGAGUUGACCUCCUGCGGAUUGCCCCUCUGGAAGGAGCAGUUUUCCUCUCCAAUGCUGACAUGACAGAUCCAAGCACGCUUAAUAAGAUCCAGGAGAUGCUUCCUUCAGGGAAAGCAGAUGUUAUUAUGAGCGACAUGGCACCUAAUGCCACAGGGAUCCAAGAACUAGAUCAUGAGAAACUGAUUAACUUGUGCUUAUCUGUUCUGGAUAUGUCCUCAAGCAUCUUGCAGCCAGGGGGGAUCAUGCUCUGUAAAUUCUGGAAUGGAAGAGAUGCCCAACUUCUCCAAAGCAGGCUGAUGGAGCACUUCUGCAGCGUGAGAAUUAUAAAGCCUCAGGCCAGCAGGAAAGAAUCUGCAGAAUCCUAUUACUUGGCAAGAGGGUACAGAAAGACUGUGAAAAACUGAUUAUGUCUGCCUUUCUCGCAUGGGUUGUCAGUCAUUGAUUGGACACUGGGACUUGGGGUAGACCUAAAGAAUAAUCUAUUUAAACUCUUACAUUUUGGUUUUAUUGUUAAUCCUACUUUGGGAGAAUCUGCUAUUAUUUAUAUUGUGCCAUAGAUAUCCAAAGCAAGACAAGAUUGCUGCUUCACUGAGCUGCUACUCUAAUUAUACCAGCAAAAACAUCCAGUCUUACUCUGGGACGUGGGAGGAGGCUGUUGUGAAUGGCAUGCAGUGGCAUGAAAGUCCAUGGGGAUAGAGUGAUGGAAAGAAAAAUAAAGCACUGGUUAUAGUUUUGUUGGUGUGUGUGUGUGUGUGUGUGUGUGUUUUAAAAUUACUACAUUAUCUUUUUAGUUAUAUUUGGAAUGGAGCACCGAGUCAGUUGCCAUAAUGGGAGUGAAAAGGAAGAGGACUGCAAGCCAAUUUUAUGUGCCCUUCAUCUUUUCUGAAGGCUAUUGCAAUUUAUUAGAACAUUUAGAAAAUACAUAAUCAUUUAAUGGAUCUCAAAAUCUGCACUGUCAUGUAAAUCUGUAAUGGGGUAUUCAGAAUAUAUGACUGUGAUCACAGAAUAUUACAAGUUGAUGGUUGUGCUGAGUUAUUACCAAUGCAUGUGCCAUGGACACACUAUAUUUAGAAACUGCUAUUUCAUCAAAUUGCCAGUGUAUUACAAUAGAACAGGUUCAUUGCCACGGAUGAGGUCAUUUUCACUCCUAUUAAUAGGAAGGCCCCUAUUAGAUCAAUGAUGCAAGGUGUUAUUAAUCUCCAGUAAGGAAAAUGGUACUGGCAAAUUUUUGCCGUCUGGUAGCAGCUGGAAUUUUGUUUGUUGGAAUAAUUUCUGCACCUAUUCAUUUAUUUUUUUUAAUUAUUUUUGAAAAUAACUAUUUUGAUCCUCAAGCAAUCUGUUCUUUACAUUCCCUGUCAGUGGGCCUUCGAGCUGGGGGUGGUAGCACCACUUUUUUUUUUUUUUAAGGUUGCCUAAUGUUUCUGACUUAUAAAUCCCAUUUUAUUUUGUUGUUACCAAAUUUACGUUGCCCAAUUGCAUGCAUGUGGCCUGAAAGUUUCCAUGUUGCAGGGCUGCUUUCUUGCAGUCACAGCAAUGAGCUUGUUAGAGUCGCUCGUGGACCAAAUGCAUGCAAUCUGAGCAGCCAAAUGACUUGCCCUUGGGCUCAUGGGACCUCUGCUGCCAAGCUGGAGGCUUGACCUCAUCUCCUGCAUCAGGGAGCUUCAAUCCAGCCUUCUUCCCUGUAAUAAAGGAAGGGUUUUUGAACCCAAAAGCUUGCUUAAUAACUAUUCUCCAACCAUUUGGGUUGGUCUAAUAAAAGAUAUCAA